AUGAGCAUCAAUAGCGACAACUACGUUAAUCGUCGUGGCGAUAAAACCGGCGUGUCGAGGUUUGUCUACACGCAUGAAGAACGGGAACUGCUCCGUAACCUUGUGGUGAGGCACAGAGCGAUUAUAGAAAACCACCAAACUGAUAAUCCAUCGAAGCGCGCCAAAGACAGUGCCUGGGAGACGCUGGCCGAAGAAUACAACAGCCAACCAGGCAUACGUCGCGUUACGGUGAUGCAGCUGCGGAAGCUGUGGGACAAUGCAAAAUUGAAAUGGAAGAAGAAAGAUUCCGAAGAAAAGCGGGAUUUGUACGCAACAGAGGGUGGACCACCUACCUGCCGGCCAAUGAGCCCAUCAUUGGCGCUUGUCGGGGCGGCUGCCUCUCACAUUGGAACACGGCUCCCAAACGAAUAUGACAGUGAUGGAGCCCAUACCAACCAGCCAGUGCUGUCUCUACCACCUGCGCGCAUCUUUGAGGUUAUGGUAUCUGGAAAUCAAGACAGCAUGGACGAGUGGCUUGGUGAAGCCAGAUUUGCUGCGAUAGAGCGGGUGCUCGCACCUGAAGGAGCUGCCCGACUGAAGGCGCUUCAGAAAGAUGAGGAGCGCAAAGGAGAACUGCACUCUGUAGAGAUGCGCUUGCGUCGGCAGCAGCUCCUCCAGCAACGACAACGUCACUGGAUGGACGAACAACGGAAGCCGGAGCUGCACCAAAUCGAAGUGCAAUUGCGGCAACAGCAGCUGGAGCAGCAAAAGUGGCGCGAUGACGUGGAGCGCCAGAUGCUGUUUCUUGAAUUAGAGGCAAAGAAGAAGCAACUUGCCUAA